CGCUCCGUCAUCCUGCGGGCCCCACUGAGCGACCCCACCUGCGUCCUCGCUAACACCCUGGCCGCCUUCUUCGUCGCCACCAGGGAUCCUGUAAAGGCGCGAGCUUUCCUGUCGGCCGCCGCUGAAUCGCUUGAGAAGAAAGGGACUGGUUAUGAGAAAUUGGUGUUCAAGGCGGUUUAUUGCUUGGUUGGGGACGGGAGAGAUGAGGAGGCUGCUGUUGAUCGCCACUUUGAGUUAAUAAAAGAGUUCCCUAAAGAUCUUGUUUCACUAAAGAGAGCGCAGCUCCUGUGUUUCUAUCUUGGCCGUCCAGAUAUAUCUCUGAAUCUUGCUGAACAGGUACUUCCCCAAAAUCAGGAUCAGAGUUAUAUCUAUGGCCUGCUUGCUUUUCCUCUGUUAGAACUUGGAAGAAUGGCUGAAGCUGAGAAGGCCGCAAGGAAAGGAUUUGAAAUCAAUAAAUUUGAUCUCUGGUCCCAACACAACCUAUGCCAUGUCUUUCAGUAUGAUUGUCGUUUCAAAGAGGCUGUUGAUUUCAUGGAAUCUUGUUCCUAUACAUGGAGCUCUUGCUCAUCAUUCAUGUUCACUCACAAUUGGUGGCAUGUGGCUGUAUGUUAUUUGGAAGGUCAUUCCCCUUUGCAUAAAGUUUUAGAAAUUUAUGAUAAUUGUAUAUGGAAAGAAUUGGAAAGAAAGGAUGCAGAACACUCGGAGGUAUAUGUUAAUGCUAUAGGCUUGUUGCUACAAAUUGAGGUGCGUGGUCAUAAGAGCUGUAUUGAAGAGCAGAUAAUGGUGCUUGCAAAUAUAUUUGAGAAUGAGUCUAUAUGGCAUAUGGAGUGGUUGCUUGAUAUAUUGGGACUUUGGGCUUUAGCUUGUAAAAAAGAAUCAGCGAAAGCUGACGAUCUACUAGAAUCCAUGAAAUCAAGGAUUUCUCAAAUGAGCAAGAAGAAGCAACACUCAAUGCAAAGAGGAAGAAAGCUGGCUGAAGCCAUUUACGAAUAUGGAAGAGGUAAUCAUCAGAAAGCACUUGACGCGCUUGGUCUAGACUUUGAUGUCACUAAAUGUAAAGUAAUUGGGGCAUCUGAUGAGCAGCUAGAUGUUUUUAACGAAGUUUGGUAUUGUGUCCUGCUGAGCUGUGGGCAUACCUUAAAAGCAAUUGAAGAGAUUGAGAAAGCACUUAAAACGAGAGAGGGGGCUCCUUUCUUAUGGCGUUUGUUGGAAAGAGCAUACGCUUUGGAGGGUGUUGAGAAGGCAAAUGUUGUAGCUGAGAAGGCAAGGACUCUAGAGACGGCUUAUUUCAAAUAAAUUGAUGUAAAGCAAACAAACUAUGUAAAAUAUCUUGGACUAGCUUGCUUCUUGAGCAUCAGUGUGUUUAUAUAUAUAAGUAAUAAACGGGGGAGCAUUGAAAGCUUGUGCUGCUUUUGCCCAUCAUUUUUAAGGUGUUCUUGCUUGGUUGCUGGCUGCUGUCUUUAACUCUUGUUGGCUUUUGUUGGAACUCAGAGGAAUUAAAUGCAGUUAAAGAAUGCCAUACUAUUAUUCUUUUUUUA